AUGGAAGAAGAAUCACAAAAGAAAAACAAAAAACAUAAAAUAAAAAAAAGUCAAAAACCAAUAACAGUAAGUAAUAGAAAGCCCUUUAAUAUUUUUGAUAAAAAUAACAAGACACAAAAACCUUUAGUUCGAGAUCCUCGUUUUUCAAAUUUAUCUGGAUCUUUUAAUCCUAACUUUUUUAGGAAUGCAUAUAAAUUUUUAUAUGAUACAAGGGAACAUGAAAAAGAAGAAAUUGAAAAAAAAUUAAAAAAUAAAAAUUUAAAUCAAGAAGAAAAAAAUAAAUUAAAAAAUGCAUAUAGUAAUUAUAAAAAUACAGAUGCAAUACUUAAAAAAAAAGAAGAUGAAAGAAAAUUAAAAUCACAAUUAGUUAAACAAGAAAAAGAAAAUAUUUUGAAAAAAAAUAAAACUCCAUAUUAUUAUAGUAAUAGGACGAUUAAAAAAAUGGUACAAGAAAAGGGGGAGGAAAAAAUUGGUGUAAAAAAAAUUAUUAAGAAGGAAAAGAAAAUUUUGCAAAAGGAAAGAAAACACAAUAUGAUUCCCCAAAGAAGAUAUGUUGAUGAGAAUUAG